AUGCCUCCCUCAUGCUGUGGGCCCCAGUCCCAGUACACACACCACCACCUCGCCACUUUCCUUCUCACCUUUUUCAGUUAUGUGCUGCUCCACUCAUCCAGGAAGACCUUCAGCAACGUGAAAGUCAGCAUCUCGUCUCAGUGGACUCCUACGCUUCAAAAUGGCAGCGCUUCUGCCUUCUCUCCUGCACAGACCUGGGAGGACAACCACCUGUUUGCGGAUGAGCAGCAAGCCACUCUGUUUCUUGGAGCUUUGGACUCCAUCUUUCUCUUUUCCUACGCUGUGGGCCUGUACCUCAGCGGUGUGAUUGGGGACAGAUUGAAUCUGCGUUACGUGUUGUGCGUCGGCCUCUGUGGCUCAGCUGUGGUGGAGUUUGUGUUCGGCACGGUGACCGAAUGGUUGAAGAUUUACAACGUGUACCUGUACUGCGGCCUGUGGGUGCUCAACGGGCUGCUGCAGUCCGCCGUGUGGCCCUGCGUGGUGGCCGUCAUGGGAAACUGGUUUGGCAAGAGCGGGCGUGGCUUCAUCUUUGGUCUUUGGAGUGCGUGCGCCUCUGUCGGGAACAUCCUGGGGGCAUUCCUGGCCUCGAGUGUUUUGAAAUACGGCUACGAGUAUGCCUUCCUGGUCACCUCAGUGGUGCAGUUUGCAGGCGGCAUCGUGGUCUUCUUUGGCCUCCUCACAUCGCCAAAGGAAAUUGGUCUGAGUGUGGAGUCAGAGACAGGGCUGGGCCCCGUGGAGACUGACUCUGACAGCCACCAGCCCCUGAUGAGCGACGAGGAGGACGAGGUGGAGGUGGAGGUGUACGCCCAGCCUGAGCACACGGUCCAGCAGCCUGACGAAGCCCCGCCGCAGGAGCCUCGACCAAUAAGCUUCUGCCAGGCCUUCUGUCUCCCAGGGGUGCUGCCUUAUUCCUUGGCUUAUGCCUGUUUGAAGCUCGUCAACUACUCCUUCUUCUUUUGGCUCCCGUUUUACUUGAGUAACAACUUCGGCUGGAAAGAAGCCGAGGCUGACCGUCUGUCUGUGUGGUACGACGUGGGAGGAAUCAUCGGUGGGACAAUCCAGGGUCUGAUAUCUGAUCUGAUGGGGAAGCGGUCACCAGUGCUGGCCUUGAGUCUGCUGUUCGCAAUGGGAGCACUCGUGGGAUACAGCCACUCUCCCAAUGACCAGCUCAUAAAUGCAGUGUUACUGGCCAUUACCGGCUUCUUCACCGGAGGUCCUUCAAACAUGAUCAGCUCUGCCAUCUCUGCUGACCUGGGCCGGCAGGACGCUCUGCGGGGCAGUCAGGAGGCUCUGGCCACAGUCACGGGUAUCGUGGACGGGACGGGGAGCAUCGGAGCCGCUGUGGGACAGUAUUUGGUGUCACUGAUCGAAAGCAACUUUGGCUGGAUGUGUGUAUUCUACUUUUUUAUUCUUAUGACAGGGGGCAGCAUCAUGUUCAUUUCUCCCCUGAUCUUCAGAGAGGUGAGGGCCAUGUGGAGGGAGAGGAGAGCCUCCCAGCGACAACUGUGA